UUCCUUUCUGCUUAAAAAAUCACCCUCUGAAAUGUUCCCUCAUACGUCCCGUCUCUUUAUCUCUCUUUCAGUUGAAUCACUUACUCGCCGAUGAUUUCAGAAAUGCUACUCCACCACCAAGCUUAGACCUCUGUCACUCUCCCUCAGAAACGCCGUCGUUUUCUUUUCCAAAGCUGACUCAAUAAGAUUCUUCUUCUUCUCCGGCUACCGGAAAUUUUCUCCGGGGGUUCCAUAGAGAGAAUUAGCUCCUCUUUCUCUCUCGCUCUUGCUGUUGCUCUCCGCUUUUCUUUAUAUAUAAACACACAGAUUUCUGCUCUUUGUUGUUUUUUUUUUUUCUGAGCUCGUUUUAUAUUCGUUUACCUUCAAUGAUUUGAACUUUUGUUUUGUUUGAAAUUUCGUUCCGAUCGAUCUCAGGCUUUGGAUUGUUCUUCUUUUGCAAGAAAAAAUACGUUCAUCGAAGCUGAAUUAUUUUUUUUUUGUAGCUAUUUCAGCUAAAUUAGCUUUAAAAAAUUUAAGCUGAAUUUGGUUGAGGUGAGAAAAGAUAAAGAGUAGCGUGUAUCUUUUGUUAAGUGCUACCAUGUUGGAUCUUAAUCUGAAUGCAGAAUCGUUCGAGUCGAUUCAGAACUCGGACUCUGUGGCUUUGAUGGAAAAGUAUCAGUACCAGUACCCGGAAGGAUCGGGGACGUCUAAUUCAUCAAUCGUCAAUGCGGACGUCUCCAGCAACGAGGACUCGUGCUCUACACGCGCUUGCACUUGUGAUGCUAGUAAUAGCAGUAAUAACAAUACUAGUAGUAUGUUCGUCUUUAACUUCGAUAUGUUGAAAGUGGGUGGUGGUGGUGGUGGAAAUGAGAAUGAAAACGUCGCCGUUGUGACCAAGGAGUUUUUCCCGGUGAGUAAUGGGAAGGGAGUGGGCGGGGGUUACGGAAAUUCUUUUGGGCAAGGCUCCUCUAGUAAUUGGAUCGAUCUCUCGUUUCAAAGGCAGCAAGAUAUUGGUGAUGGAGAGGUGCGGGUGGUGCAGCCACCGUCGCAGCAGGUAAAGAAGAGCAGGAGGGGACCCAGGUCCAGGAGCUCGCAAUACAGAGGAGUCACCUUCUAUAGGAGGACUGGACGAUGGGAAUCUCAUAUCUGGGAUUGCGGGAAACAGGUCUAUUUGGGUGGAUUUGACACUGCUCAUGCUGCGGCAAGAGCCUAUGAUCGGGCUGCUAUCAAAUUUAGGGGUGUUGAUGCUGACAUCAAUUUCAAUCUCGGUGACUAUGAGGAUGAUCUGAAACAGAUGAAGAACUUGACCAAAGAAGAAUUUGUACACAUACUUCGUCGCCAAAGCACUGGUUUCUCAAGAGGGAGUUCAAAAUAUCGAGGGGUGACACUGCAUAAGUGUGGCCGAUGGGAAGCAAGAAUGGGGCAAUUCCUUGGCAAAAAGUAUAUUUAUCUUGGGCUGUUCGACAGUGAAGUAGAAGCUGCAAGGGCUUAUGACAAGGCAGCUAUAAAAUGUAAUGGGAGGGAGGCAGUGACCAACUUUGAGCCAAGUACAUAUAAAGGGGAAAUGAUCUCUGAGGCUACUAAUGAAGGUACUGAUCACAAUCUUGAUUUGAACUUGGGGAUAUCCCCUUCUUUGGGCGAUGGUCCCAGGGAAAAUGAGGGGCGUCUACAGUUCCACUUGGGCCCUUAUGACAUGGACAGCAAGAGUUCAGGGGAGAACUCGUCAGCUCUAAUGGUGGGUGAUCUGCCUUUCAAAGGGCCAGUAGCGUCAGAUCAUCCAAUGUUCUGGAACAGUGGCUAUCCUAGUUUCUUUCCUAAUGAGCAGGAAAGAGCUCCAGAUAAGAGAAUUGCAUUAGGUUCUUCACAGGGACUCCCCAACUGGGUGUGGCAAAUGCACGGUCAGGUCACUGCUAACCCAAUGACAAUGUUCUCUACUGCAGCAUCAUCAGGAUUCUCAUUUUCGGCUACACCUCCCUCUGCUGCCAUUCUUCCAUCGAAACCUCUCAACCAAUCAGCUCAAAAUUUAUGUUUUUCUCCACCUGCUACCAUGACAACCAGUACCUCUCACUUCUAUUAUCCUGUGAAGCCACCACAGGCUCCACCAUAAUAAUUCCCUCUGCACUGGAUUGAGGUAGAAAAAAAUAACAAUGGUAUUCAAAUUCAAAAUCAUAAUCAAUUGAAAAUAUUGAAUUGAUACAAGUGCAUUUGCUCUUUGAUAAAUCAUUCCUCCGUUAAAUAUGUGAAAAAUACUUGUCCCACUUGCAAGUGCUUAUCAAGCAUUUAACAUUCUUCUAAUGUGAUUUUGAUCCUGAAGGAGGAACUUUGACUUUAGCAGUUCCUCGUCUAUGUUUGAACACUUUUUCCCUGUACUUUUCUGAUGUGUGAUAUUUUGCAGUUUGGUUCAAUCUUUGUAGGGUCCCAGACCUUUAUAUUAUGGUUGUACUAUACCUCGUAACACUAGCAAAAAUAUGCUCCACUAACUACAGGCAAUAAAAAGGUGUGAAGUUUGUAGAA